CUCAAUUCACAGUAGCAACACUUUCCCAUUUAAGUAAUCAAAUAAGCAUGGAGAAAAUUGGUUGUGCUGCUGCAACGGCGACGCCCUCAUGGGAGGAGCUCCUCGGAUCCAACAACUGGUCCGGCCACCUAUCCCCGCUCCUCCCCGCCCUCCGCGAGCACCUCCUCCGGUGUGGCAGCUUCUGCCAGAUCGCCGGAGACUCCUUCAUUUACGAUAGUCAGUCCAAGUACCUCGGCAAGUGCCGCUACUCUCCUGACAGCAUCCUCCGCCAUGUCUUCUUCAAGGAAACCGCGGAUUACGUAGUAGACGACGUCGUGCCAAACAUCGACGGCUACCUCUACACCACCAUAGUCCUCCCAUUUGGUUUGGCGCACGAGACCAACUGGAUGGGCUACGUCGCCGUCUCCAGCGACGACCUCUACAAAAAAACUGGCCGCCGUGAGAUCUACGUCGUGUGGCGCGGCACGAACAGACCCCUGGAAGGGUUGGAGGACUUCAAGUUCGCUCCCGUGCCAUUCGGCCACGGGGGCGAUGUCAAAAUCAUGCAAGGCUGGCGCGACAUCUACACCAUGAAAAUUCCUUUAAUCGGGAACUUAAUUCCCAGCGCUCAGGAGCACUUAAGAGCUGUGAUAAAAGAGUACAUUAAUAAGUACAAAGAUCAGAAUCCGUCCAUCAUCUGCGUCGGCCACAGCCUCGGCGGCUCCCUCGCCAUCGUCAGCGCUUUUGAUAUAGCGAGCAGCGGACUGGCCAAGAUCGACGGCAAGGAUAUUCAGGUAUGCGCCGUGGCGUUCGAUGCCCCCAAAGUCGGGAACCAGGCGUUCAAUGACGCCGUGGAAAAACUGCCGAAGACAAAAGUUUUAAGGAUCAACAAUACUAUGGAUAUUGUCACGUAUUGGCCGCUGUGUGGUGGCUACGUCGACACCGGUACAAUUUUGCACAUUAAUUCUGAGGAAUCGACGUUCUUGAAGAGUAAGGGAGACUACGAAGGAGAUCAACUGCGUGGGAAAAUGUCUCAGUGGCACGCGCUGCAAGUGAUUCUACACACGCUGACCGGAUGGAGCACACGAUUCGACAACAACUCCGAUGAAGUGAAGAAGAAGCUGCCGCUGGUGAACAGGUCAGCGGGGCAUUUGAAGGCUGAGCAUAAAGUGCUCGAGGGGUGGUGGGUAGAGAAAAACAAAGGGAUGGCGUACGAUAAGGAAAAGGACAUAUGGUACGAGAGACCGGUGCCAUGGAACGAAUAGUUGAGCCAAUUACUGGUGGCCGGCAGGCCGAUCGGUGGUUGAUCGGCGGCUAGUUCAUAAUUAAGUGUUUAUGUUCUCUUGUGCUAUCUAUCUAUCUGGCUUGCUUACGGUGAUCUAGAAUAAAGCAUCCUGAAUGCUGGGCGGAUGCAUGCGUAUAUGUAUAUCUGCUAUAUGUGUGUAUUGAGUAUUGUAUUUAUCCAAUAUAAAAGUAUGUGUGCGUGGCAGAAAAUACAUCUGCACAUAUAUAUCAAUGAUAAUUCAAUAGUAUAAUUAA